UUCUUGUGAAAUUAAAUUCCACCUAAAUUUGGUUACAUAAGAGCUUUUCUUCUCUUCUUCUUCUUCAUGUCAAGAAUCCCAUCCCCUAAUUUCGUCCAAAGAUUAAGGGUUAGGGUUCUACGAUCAAGAAACACGUCAUCAUCUCUGUUGGGUUCUUGAAUUAUAACGAAUUGAAUGUGAAGAUGGAUAAGGGCAAAGAGAAAUUGACUGGUAAUGAGGAUAAUCAAUUAUUGUCUCCUUCCAAGGAAGGGAAAGGAAAGAGAUUAUGGAAGAAAGUGAAGUACCAGCUUGUGGAGUAUCAUUCAUUGCCUGGGUAUUUGAAAGACAACGAAUACAUUCUGGGUCAUUACAGGGCCGAAUGGCCAUUGAAGCAAGCAUUGCUCAGCAUCUUCACAAUUCACAAUGAGACCCUAAAUGUUUGGACGCAUUUGAUAGGGUUCUUCCUCUUCCUUGCGCUGACCAUUUAUACUGCAACCAAAGUUCCCAAGGUUGUAGAUUUACAUUCCUUACAAAAUCUGCCUGAUGUGCUGAGGAAGGCUGAUUUGCACAAAUUACAAGCAGAACUUUUAACUUGUCUUCCUUCUUUGCCGCAUAUGCCUGAUUUGCACAAACUUCGAGAUGGUUUGCUACGUUCCCCCUCUAAUUGGCAUAUUAUUGACCUCCUGAACAACUGCCUGCCUGAGCGAUUUUCCCACAGCAACCAUACAGAUGUCUGUGUACUGCGGAGUGUAAAGGAAGAUGUGGCAAAUAUAUUAGCACCAUUGCUGGUGAGACCAAUAACGCGCUGGCCAUUCUAUGCCUUCCUUGGUGGGGCAAUGCUUUGUUUGUUAGCAAGCAGCACAUGUCAUUUACUUUCUUGCCAUUCAGAGCGUUUAUCAUACAUCAUGCUGAGGUUCGACUAUGCCGGUAUCGCUGCCCUGAUAUCAACUUCAUUUUACCCUCCGGUCUAUUAUUCCUUCAUGUGUUACCCCUUCUUUUGCAAUUUGUAUCUGGGAUUUAUUACCCUCCUGGGAAUUGGCACAAUCUUGGGUUCCCUACUUCCUGUGUUCCAGACUCCAGAAUAUCGAGUUAUUCGAGCAUCUCUAUUUUUCGGAAUGGGCCUGUCAGGUGCGGUACCUAUUCUACACAAGCUGGUUUUGUUUUGGCACCAACCUGAGGCGCAUCAUACGACUGGAUAUGAACUUUUGAUGGGCAUAUUUUACGGCAUUGGAGCGCUGAUAUAUGCCAUGAGAGUUCCAGAAAGAUGGAUGCCUGGGAAGUUUGACAUUGCUGGCCACAGCCACCAACUAUUUCAUGUACUCGUGGUGGCAGGGGCUUAUACUCAUUACCAGGCUGGAUUGGUUUAUCUGAGGUGGCGGGACCUGCAAGGGUGCUAAGAACCACUCAAGAACUGAAAAGUCAGUCAGAAUCCUUAGUUCAAUUGUAUGUAAACGUAGAG